AUGGACCCCUCGUUGAACAGCCUCCUCAAAUGGAGUAUCGAAAACACUCCCGCAGCCGCAGCCAACGGCCAGACGAAUGGCACCGAACCAGCUGCCCCUAAACAACCCAUUGACGCAGAAGCCCUUCAGCGCCUGCUAGCAAAUACCCCCUCAGACGCAGAGCUCAUGAAAACCGCAAUGGCAGUCGUGCGGUCCUCUGAUACGACGUUGGAGAAUAAACUUAUCGCUUUUGACAAUUUCGAACAGCUGGUCGAGAACCUGGAUAAUGCGAAUAAUAUGGAUCCUCUGGGACUUUGGCCUCCACUAGUAGAAACGUUGAAGGACGAGGAGGCAGAGAUAAGGAAGAUGGCUGCGUGGUGUGUUGGAACUGCGGUACAGAAUAACGAGAAGUCACAGGAGAAGGCAUUGGAGGCAAAAGUUAUUCCCGAAUUAGUUCGAAUGGCCAGGGAGGACGGUGAUACCACCGUUCGACGCAAGGCCGUGUACGCGAUAUCCUCCUGUGUACGAAAUUACCAACCUGCCCUCGACCAGCUACGAGAAUACUUGCCUGCUGAAGUUGUGCGUGCUGAUGAGAAAAUCUACGCCGGUGACAUGGAUAAGAUAGACGCUAUUAUCGCCCAUUUAAAACAGGCGGCUUGA